AUGUCUGUGCAGCCGCCUCAAAUCCUACAACCUCACGCCGAUCCCGGCAUCUCAAUUUCUGGAAGCGUGAGCUGUCGCAUCCUGCAUGAUAGUACGCGGAGUACCAAGACUCAAGGUGCUGAAAAAGAAUCUGGCAUUCUGGAGUCUAUCCUCUUUCUUGUGGGUUCCGCGGAGAGGUUCGAGGCACAAGGAAACCUCGCGGAAAGUGUAAAGAGCGACGAGACUGCCUUGAUGCUUCGCAAGGCACACGAGCAAGCUAUUGCCCAAGAAACGCUGAAGGCGGGAUUCACUGCGACCCCUUCCACUAGGAAAGCGGUGAUGGAUGGACUACUCACGACGCUCGGCAAGCACGCCACUGCUGUUAUUCUUCGCUGUAAUCGUUACGCUGUGGCUGAGUUCCAGUGCUACCGUUACGAAACUGCAUUUUUUUUCUUGCGGAAGGCGCUCUUCUUGACAUCUGAAAAUGAGGCCGAGCUACGCGAAGCCACGCUGAAGGAAUUUGGCGCUGAUCCUGAGUCUUUUCCAUCAACAGACUCUGAAAUGGAAAGCAGCAGCAUCACCUUAUCUUCUGGAGAAACCUCAGUGAAUGCUAUGAACAAGACCAAGAGGAUGAAUCCCGAAGAGACUCCAGGACAACGAAAGGGGAACACUGAUAUAAGAUACAGACAAACUGACAGCACCCUUGCAUCGCCGCCAAACCUUUUCACGGAAGACGAAGCCGAUGAGCGAAUCCGGCUGCGCGCCGCCACCUUCAACAACCUGGGGUGCCUAGAACGACAGCGCGGCCGGUUGGAGGCCUCCCUCAAGUAUUUUUACCACACCCUUCACCUUCAGCUCAGCCUGUUAUCGCUGCGUGUGACUGCCUCACUGUCCGACUUGCAGAUGUUAUCCUAUCGCACCGCGGUCGCCUCGACGUGCCUGAACACUUGUAACGUUCUGCACAUCCUGGGGCGCUAUGCGCAGGCGGUGCUCGCCUGCGAACGUGCAGUGCAAACGCUGAGGUCAUGCCCAUUGAGGCUCCUUGAUGUACCCCACAACAAGGUCGCCAGCGGGGAUCUACCACCACCGCCACCCGAUGCGGGCGUGGUUGCGGAGAUGCGAAUCGCAGCGGUACUGAUGAUUACCGGGCUUCAUAAUCUAGGCGUGUCACUACGCCGUCGCGGCGAAGCUGGCGACGCCGAGUCUGCUAAGCUUGCUGACGCGGAGGCCUAUGAACUGUGCAAACGCUACGGACUGCUCAACCAGGACUACCAGACUGUCGAAGCCGCCCUAAAAGCACUAAAAAAUGGCACCAACUCAUUCUCAAAAAUCGCCACCCAGCCCAGCUCACAACGCGGAACGAAAACGGCAGCCAUGAGCAUGAAUUCCACCAAGGAAGAUUUAGAUGAGCGUACUAGGAACACUACCAACGCACCCAAGACACUCCCAGCGCCUUUUGACGCCGCGAAUAGUGGCGCUCCUGCUGCGCCGAAAGAGCACAAGAGACCAGCAACCCCGAAGCAGGAUAGUGUAAUGAGAACCCCUCCCCGGCGCGCAUCCGCUGCUGUUCCGCACCUGAAGUUGUCGCUGCUACAGUCGACCUCUCAAGCUUCCGUACAUCAUUCACAAUCUUCGCUUCCAUCCCUGCAUGACGAAAAGGCAGCUUCGAUACGCAGUCGGGAUCCCCUCCCUGACCCGAUUGUUCACUCGGCGGUCAAAAAUGAUCUUCUGCAGCGAUCUAUCCCACGGAUCUUUCCGGCCCCGCCACCGGUGCUCGCUCCUCUGCACAACACCCCACCCCCUCCUCUCAGCUCAGGCAAGGCAGCCAUCAUCCCUUGGUCAACGACGCAGCUGUCGCUCUCAUCGGUGCCCGCGCUGCCCACCCUCUUCGCAAAAAGCACUCCACCGCGGAGGACUAGCAACGCCGUGAGUUCUCUUGGAGUUAAUCGUCUCACACCCUUACCAGCAAGCACCGCCACCGAAGCUUUGCCGACCGUUCCUAACAGCAACGCGUACAGGCGAGAUCCUUUAGGCCGACGCAUCUUCGCGAGCAUUCAGCAGGCGAAAAGCCAAAAGCCCUCUGCCUCUAUGAGCUUGGUGAGUGAAAUCUCCCUCUCGCAAGGCGUCGCUCGGGGAACCUCAUUCGCCACGAAACGUGACAUGGAGCGAGCGCAGGCGGCGCGUGCGAAGCGUUUACAGGAAAAGAUACGCAGGGAUGUCCAUAGGCGCCAGAUUCGAGAGCAGAAUGAGCACGACACUAAACUGUCGGAAGGUCUUUACGAAGAAAUGGUAAACAAAACGAAAAUGGAAGAGCUGCAACGUUUCUCUAUGGCAGCUGUGCAAAUCCAACGCGUGUGGCGUGGAGUAAUGGCUCGUGUAUGGUUGAGAACGGUCGUGAAGGCCGUCGUAACCCUCCAGAAGGUGGUACGGAUAUUUUUGGUCAAGCAGCGCGAGCGGUACCGAAUCCUGGCUGAGGAACAAGCAGUACUGCGGGCGGAGCGCGAAAAGCGUGAGACGAUCGCCUGCAUAGUCAUUCAGGCGCGCGCCCGAAUUUUCCUGCGUCGACUCGGGAUCCGGCGAACCAUUCUUGCCGAGCGGCGGCGCCAUUUUAUGGCGGCACGGGUGAUUCAACGAGGCUACCGAGACUACCUCCGACGACGCGAGGCCAUGCGUGCCGCUAUCGCGGAGGCCAACCGACGGGAGGACGAAAUUCGGCAGUUCCGGCGCAAAACUGCCGUCCGCUGCAUUUGGCGUGCCUUUUCUCAUUAUCGCGCGCAAAAGGAUGAGGAGGAGGCGCGUGCGCUGCUUCAACAUCGCCAAAACGCGACGGUCCGUAUCCAGGCCCUUUUUCGUGGUGUGCUGACACGCGCAUGGUUUCACUACUACCGUGCUUAUUGCCGAGAUCAGUUCCAGCGAUCUGCGAUCAGUCAGCGUCGGCUGACGAUCAUCCAAGCCGCAUGUCGUGCGCUCCUUGCUGGUCGGCACUGUCGUUCUCGAUGUUUGCAGCUCAUGUAUGAGGCGCAUCAACGUCGGUUGAAUAACGAGGCGACGCGCAUCCAGUGCCUCUGGCGCCGUCGGGUCGCCAUCACUAAGUUUGAGCGACUGCAGGCCGAAAAGAACCGCCUGGACCGUCGGGCGACAGUUAUUCAACGGUGGUACCGCAUGUGUCUCAUCCGCAGAGAGUAUAUCGCCAUUCGUGACGCCCACCGUCAGGAACGUGCCGCGCGCAAAAUACAAGCAUGGCUUCGAGCUUGCUGGGAGGAAAGAAAAGCACGUGAGUUUGCGGAGUACCAUGCGGAAUUGCUACGCAAACAGCGCCUGGAGCGGCUGCGCGCGGAGUCUAUCAUCGUCCUUCAGAGCUGUUGCAAGGCACGGCUGAGUGAGUGGCUGGUGGCGAGCAUGCGAAGAACCUAUUUUAAGCAUGAACACAUCGCCAGGACCUGGCAACGUGUGGCCGAAGGGUACAUCGCUAGGAAAAAAAUGGCGCGUGAAAAAGAACUUCACGCUGCUCUUUUGCGCAAAGAGACAGAACUCGCUAUACAGACAGCAGCAGCACGCAUCCUGCAGCGCGCGUGGCGGUAUGCAUUGGCGAAUAUGAAAGUUGAACAGCGGCGGCGGGAGGUUCGUGCAGUCUCCCUUAUUGCCCGCAUCUACCGUAUUAACGUUUCCAGGAAACAGCUUUUGAAGCUGCGCAACGAGAAGGAAUUCCAGCGACAGCAACAUGCAGCCAGGAUCAUUCAGCAGGCAUACCGUGGGAUGCGCAAGUGUCGUACUAUGGAGGAUAUGGUAACCUACUACCGCGACCAGCAUCGCAAAAAGAUCCUUCGCAUGCGUUUACACGAGGCCGCUACCACGAUCCAGGCUAUGUGGCGUGGCCACGUAACGCGGCGAGUGAUGAAAGGAGUCUACGCGGAGAAGCAGCGCCAGGCUGACGCCGCGACGCGCCUCCAGCGUGCAUGGCGGCGCCGCCGCUUCCGUCUCUCUCUGAGACGAGAGAUAAGAUUACGGAGUCGGCGGCGCCAGCGGCUGAAUGAGUCCGCCAUUCGGAUUCAGUGCUUCUGGCGCAAGAUGAUGGCCGCCGAACGCGCGGCUGUCCUACGGGCAAAACAAGCGAUGCGUUUGGAUAAAGUGGUAAAAAUCCAACGCUGGUGGCGGUGCGUAUUAGCGGAUCGCGUCGCUGGAUAUCCGAGUAUGCAGGAAGACGAGGCCCCAGCUGUCUCCCCUCGCCACCUGCCGCCCCCACUGUGGCUUCCAACCCUUCCGUUGGAUACUGAUUUCACGGAGGAAAAUAUUGAAAAGGAACUACAAGAUCCAGAUCUCUGUACUCGCGACGAAAGCGAAACGUCCUCUGCGGUGUCAGAGCCGCAGAGCGACGACACCCCUCAGCACUACGGCUCCUCUUCAAAUCGAGCCCCCUGCCCUGGAGCCGUUGCCGACGUACUUAAUGCCGUGCUUAGCAUCCAGAGAGUACUUCGUGGUGUCUUGUCGGAACGAGAAGUAAGGCGUCGCCUCUUGGCACAGGCCUCUGCGGAGGGACAACCACAACCGAUGCCCACCGCACCCGAUGCUGUCCCGGAGCAACACCGCGACGAGGAAGGAAGCGACGAGGAGUGGUCGGGCUCGGCGUCCGACCCAAGUGCGGUGGUGCGGGGGUUGUUCUCUCAACGGGCGGUGUGUCCGCUGCGCGGGGGCGGCGCGCCCGGGACCUUCGCGUGGGAACCCUUGCACCUCCACGAGGCUGCCACCACCAUUCAGCGGGCCUACCGCGCCCACUGCCGGGCAAAGGGGAGUCGGACCCGGCAGGUGCUGCACGGCGCGGCGACCAUGAUCCAGCGCCUCUGGCGGGUGCACCACCGGCGGGUCCUCGCCAGGGAGGCCUCCCGACGCGAGGCCGCGGCGAGACUCCUCCAGAGCCACAUCCGGGCAUGGCUUGUCCGGCGUGCCUGGGAGCAUCAGCACGAGCGCCUCUGGGAUGAGCGUCGUGAGCAGAUCCUCCUGGAGGACGCCCUGGACAUGGCCGCGACGACGAUCCAGUCGGCCUGGAGAAGUACCUUGGCGCGUCGUCGUGUGCGAGACCUUCGCGCGCAGCGCGACUUGGAGAAGUCAAGGCGCUCCUAUGAAGAGGCCGCUGAGAUGAUUCAGCGAGCCUUUAGGGCUCAUCGACGGCGAUUCCGAGCUAAAGGAACGGGAGUGCGGAGCAUUUGUCCCGACGACGCGCCUCCACCGCCGGACCCACCUGUGAGGGGGAGAACUGUAGAGGCGCCUUAA